AUGGCCACACCGCGCUACCUCACGGCGCAAAAGAUCAGCCUUCUUGUCUUGACCCGUCUCUACUGCACUUCAAGUCUUCCCUAUUCCGCUACGAUACCCGUACUUUCCUUCAUCUUGUCAAACAAUCUUCCUUCGGCACCGUCCAGCGCUCGGCCACAGCGCUCCAACAUCUCCAGUCAACAAGACACGUGUUUCUCAAUCGAUGCCUUUGAAGAUGUACUUCAAGAACACCCCUCCAACAUGCCGGGCCGAACUCUUCUCGAUCUCUUCCUCAAACACAUGUGGGAAAUGAACUCUUUCGAUGCGCUGCACGCUCUCUUCGACAGUAUCCUAGAUUUGGUUACACCUCCGCCACACGGUACACAAGAUCAAGAAUCACCAGAUCGGAUCCAUCUUUCCAAGACAUCACCACUUGGAGCUUUUGUUCGUAGAGCGCACCUGGAAUUCACGAGGCUGCAGUUCGACGAUUCAAUGAAACUAUGGUCUUCAUUUAUCAGGUACAGAGCCCCAACAGCUCAAUGGACAAAGAGAUUGGCUGGCUUGGCAUCAAGUGGUGUAGACAUGGUUGUAUCCGAGAUGGGUCUGAGAGCUGGCGACGACAUGUACGAGAUCGCGUACGGGAAUCUACAAGAAGAUCAAGAGGAAGGAGCGGGCAUGAGUUUGAACGAUCUGGAUCGAAUCCUGGACUUCCAACUCGAUAGGCUUCAGAGGCUCGGAGACCGUGUUCCUGGCGAUAUGAAGAGUCAACUUCGCAAUAUGGUCAAGUCGUCCGGCAUUGUACAUCGGCAAGCGCAUCUCGUACAAUUCUUCGAUGCCUGGAAAGCCGGAGACUACACAUCUGCUUUUGACAAUCUACAUCGCUACUACGAUUACGCUAUGCAGACUCGCGAGAAGAUCCAUUACCAGUAUGCUUUACUGCAUAUGGCUAUCCUUCAGGCCGACUUCGGCUGCUUUGGCGAAGCGAUAGCUGCUAUCAACGAGACAAUUGCCACAGCCCGGGAGAACCAGGACAUGACUUGUCUGAGCUUCAGUCUCAGCUGGCUAAAUCAUAUGGCGAAAGCCUACCCCAAGCAGAUGAGGGGUGCCGGUUACAUGAGCAUGCUCGGAACUGAGAGGGAUGCGUUGGCCUUUUUGAAAGCGAAAGCCAAGGAGACCAAGAUGUACAGCCUGCUCUGCGCAAGUUUACUCAACGAGGCAAAGCUUUCUCUAGCGACGGGCGACUCUAUUCCCCGGGCAUUAGAACAUAUUUAUCAGUCUUCACAUCUCAACAUCAAAGAAAACGUCAACAGUUACGGUAGUCAAAUGCUUCUCACAGGGACAUUCUAUCAGCGACUUGGCAUCCCACAUCUAGCCAACAUUCAUUACGAGCUUCUCCUCGAUUGCUAUUCACAUUCCUGUCCGAUUGAAGAACGUCUCCGUGCGAUCGCUCGCAGAGCUUUCGUUACAAGCCAGAGCGGCCGCUACGGCGAGGCUAUCAUGAUGCUAGAAGCUGUGGAUUCCUCGGUGUACAAAUCGCUCAAGUUUUACCAAUUCUUGAUACUUUGCAUUGGCCUCAUUAAGCUCAGGAGAGCCAUUCGAAGAUCCGACUGGUCAACGUCAACUUAUUUGCUCGAAACCCUUAAACCGACAGCCUCGCCCUCUACCCCAACUCUCGAUCCGGAACUCUCUUUCCUUCAACACGACACGUACAUUGAGUACCUCAUCUCCACAUCGCAGUUUCCUCUAGCCUAUCAAUGCAUUUCAUUACUGGCACAAUCUCUCAAAGAAGACAAUGCAGACAUCCAGCAGCGUGUUUCAGUGCUGCUAAUGCAGGCAGAGUUAUGGAGAAAAGCAGGUAAACCGGAGAGGGGCUUCAGCGUUGCGCUGCGGGCGGCAAGUGUGAGUUUCAGGGCGCGGCUUGCAAGUUCGCUAUGGUCCGCAGUGGGCUGCCUGGGUGCGAUACUGAAUACUCUGGGGGAAUGUCGAGAAGCGAGGAGGUUGGUCGAGACCGUGUUGCCGCAGGCUCUAGAAGGCGCAGAUACCAUGCUUACAGGCACUCUGUACUCGCACCUAGCAGACUCGUAUAUGGGUCUCGCCAAUCCCACCGCCUUGACAGUCUCGACGUCGAACGCUGGUUCCCAUCCCCCCUCAACACCGAGAGCAGGCGAGCUGACAUCAAACCGUUCCCGUGUCGCAAACAUCGCCAAAGCGGAACUCUACGUCGACCGGGCGAGGGAAUGCUUCCAAAAAGCAGCGUAUUUGGAUGGAGAGUGCGAGCAGCUGAUGAAGAAGGCGAUUAUAGCGAAAUUGAGAGGUGAUGAAAAGGUUGCAGAAGAAUGGGCUAUGAGACAUAACAGUGUUUGGGAUGAGGGUUAUGGAUCACAAGAUGUAUAG